AAGGAAACACGAAGAAGAAGUUAGCAUGUAGCCAAAGCUAUAUUAUCCUGCAUCAACUAUCGCGUAAAUAAGCUAGAUAGAUGAUUUUGGAAUGUUGGUUCAACAUAGUGGUUCAAAUGGUGUGUGAGACUGUGCAGACAUGGGUGACAUGAAAACCCCAGAUUUUGAUGAUCUUCUUGCAGCUUUUGAUAUCCCCGAUGCUACAGGCUUGGAUGCCAAAGAGCCUGUCCAAGAUGGUCAUGAGGAGGCAGAGAGUCAACUGAAACACACAGGAAUAUGUCUGGAUGACAGCUUAUUGAGCAACCACAGUGCCACUGCAAUAGAUGUUCCUGCUGUCAGUGUUAUUGUGAAAAACGCAGGUCGUCAGGAUUCCCUUGAAAAUCUCAGUGAUAGGCUUGACGCUGGACCAGUAUUGCAAAAUGGAUUCAGCGGGCAAGGAGCCUCCAUUGAUUCUGAUGCAUCAACUAACACUGGCUUCACCAAAUCGUUUGUGUCUGCUUUGAAUAGGGAGUGUUCAACAGAGCUUCCGAAGACUCCCAUUCAGCAUAAACUGGAGGGAACACCAAUAUUUUCCCAAUCUUUUUCUCAUUUUAGUCCAGUCUCCAGUCCUGAAUCUGAAGAUGGUCAGUUUAGAAGGGAUGAGAUGUGUCCAAAAAAAGAUGAGCCAUGUGUCCCUGAAGCUUCAGAUUUGAUGCAGACUUUGAUCUCAGACAAUCCAGAAACGCAUGUGCUCAACACCUUUGAUUGUUGCUCAGAGGAUUCUGGUGUUCCCAACAACGCUAAUGGCUGCAAAGCAGAUUGUACCAAAAGCAGUGGGUCCUCUGACAUUAGUAUUCAAACAGAUAAAGAACCUGGAGUACAUGAUGCUCUUCCUCCACCAAAUGAUAAGCAUAAAUUUGAGAAUGAUCGGAAUUCAGAAACUAAGAUAGAGACUUCCAACUCUCAUAUGCAUUUCAAAUCUCAGGCAUGUAAAUUAUCAUCUUGCCUGGAGGCACUGGUAGCUCUAAAGACCACAAAGGAACAGAGUGAGCUCAGUAAUCCCAGAGAGUCAUCAGCAGUUCAGGCUGACUGCCUGAAGAAUAGUCCCAAGGUACCAAUAUCCCCAUAUAGCCCCAGGAGCCCUUUUGAAGUUGUGAAACGGUUAAUGAAACCCUCUGACAGUCCAAAAAGUAUCUGUAGUGAAAGUAGUGACAAAGUAUCUCCUGCUGCAGCAUCAGGAUCCCCCUCAGCUAUACCAAGAGUCAGAAUUAAGACCAUCAAAACCACAUCUGGGCAGAUUAGGCACACAGUGACCAGUGUAAUGCCUGAAUCAGAAACUGAUGAAAUGCGGUCCAUCUGUGAAUCCUCACCAUCACAAAGUAUGAUUAGUGAAGAUUCUUAUAGUAAUAUGUCUCCUCACCAGUCCCAAAAUGCAGUUGUUGAAGGAAUUUCUGGAAUACAGUCUAAAGGUAGUCCAUGUAGUUCAUCUUCACCAAAGAUGUUGCACAACAAGUCUGAGGCAUAUUUCAGGGAAUUGGGAGUAGGGCAGUCCUCAACGAGUUUCCACAGUACUAGUGGUCUUGUCAAAGGAUCUGGUGUGCAUCAAGGGCAGAAAUCGAAGAGAAUGUCAGCCCCAACUGGUCAUGCAUCUAGCCCAAACUUCCUUCCCAAAGCGAUGCACUUGGCUAGUUUGAACCUUGUUCCUCACAGUGUUGCUGCUUCAGUUACUGCACGGUCAUCCUCACAUCAGCAGAGCCAGCACACUCUCUCUUCUAUGGUGUAUAGUACUGUCCCUUUGGUUCAUCAGGUUAAGACAGCAAACCCUUACCCACGACCCUUCAUACCCAACACAGCAGCAGGGACAUUAAACAGACUGCUAAACAGUGCCAAUCCUGUGCCUACGUAUGUACCCAACCUGAACCCACCUUCAGACAGCAACAUCAACCUUCCACCACGGGGGUACUGCUGCCUCGAGUGUGGGGACUCCUUCGGGGUAGAGAGGAGUCUUGCCUCUCAUUAUGGACGGAGGAGCGUUCACAUUGAAGUAGGAUGUACCCACUGUGCAAAGACAAUUGUGUUCUUCAACAGGUGUGCCUUGUUGGCACACGCACGUGAGCACAAGAACAAUGGAAUGGUGAUGCAGUGCACGCAGCUCUUUAUGAAACCUAUAGCAGAGGAACAAAUGUUUGUACCUACAAGUACUGAAUCUGUCGGCAGGGACCCCUAUGUUUCAUCUUCACCCUCAUCUAACCAGCCCGUCAUGCCUCUAUAUCCGGAUGGUUUAAUUCGUUACCAGCUUCGUUGCCUGGAGUGUAACAAGCAGUUACCUGACUACAAAGCACUUGCAGGCCAUUACCAGAGAUUGUCAGAAGAUAUUGAAGGAUUAAUGUGUAAAGUAUGUGCAAUGUUGUUACCCAACAAAUGCAGCUUCAAAGCUCACCAGCGUGUUCAUGCACACAAAUCUCCAUACUGCUGCCCAGAGUGUGGUGCUCUGAGUCGAUCUGCAGAUAUACAGAAGCAUGUGAAGGAAAACUGCCUGCAUUAUGCACGCAAAGCUUGGUAUAAGUGUCUACACUGUGAUACAGUUUUUAAGACGCUACAAACACAAAAGAAUCACAUUGAAGAAAAACACUGUGAGGUCUACUACAAGUGCUCCAUCUGUCCAGUUGCCUUCAAGACCUCUGACAGCUGUGAAAGUCAUUUAAAAAACAAACACGGUGCAAGCAAUACAUCAUACGAGCUAAUCUUUAAGUGUUCAUGUGAAACAUUGUUCAAGAAGAAACAGUUGCUGUUUCACCAUUUCCAUCAGAAUGCCAACAAGCGUGUCACGUGUGUAUUCAAGUGUCCAGAAUGCAACUCUGUCUUUCCACAAAAGCAUCUACUAAUGCAGCACUUCAAGGCUGUGCACACAGGAGAUUUGAAAGCAGAGGCGGAGAGAAAUGGUAUACAAAUGGAAAACCCGGAAUGGUACCGGGAUGCUCUGUCAAUCCAGCAGCAGAAGAGCAGUAGCCCUGUUCAUCACACAGAUGUUAGAAAGAAAGCUGAGCAGGACAGCAGACCUGUGAAAACCACCGGCUGGACGUGUGGAGACUGUCUGCAGUGGUUUCCUGAAAGAGACACCUAUGUUUCUCAUGUGAAGACCAUCCACAGCAGGUCAGUAAAGAGGUAUCCGUGUCGACAGUGUGAGCAGUCCUUCAACUCUGCAACCCGUUUGAGAAGACAUAUUCAUACUGACCAUUCCAAAAAUAAAGUUUACACUUGUUGGUAUUGCACAGACAGGCAGACAUUUGUGAAAAGUGAGAUGUUGAAGAAACACAUCAGUCUUAUGCAUGGAAUUAAAAGUCCUGAUCUAAGACAAAUGCCAGAGUCCAACAAAACAUUGGGAAAGGGAUUACUAUCAGAAAGCGCUGUCAUGCGCACACAGGAGGAGCAGAAGGUUUGUGGUCACAAGUCUCCUUCAGCAAAGCGUCUGAAAACUCAGUAUCGCUGCUCCAAGUGUGGUUUUGUCACAAGUGACAGCGCACAGUUCCAGCAGCACUUACCUAAGCACAAAACUGAUGAAGGCAGUCCUCAGUGCCGUCACUGCGGUCUGAGUUUCACCUCUGUGAUGGCUCUCAGCAGACACCUCGUCAUUGUGCACAGAGUCAGAGAUUCCGAUGGAGAGGAAGAGCAGGUGGCAGAGGUUGGGCUGACGGAACAGCAUCAUCAAGCAGUCGGAUCAGCAGGGACUAGUGAAGCAAACGAUUUAUCGAUGCGAACUAGAACUGAGCUCUCGGAAACAGAAGAGCCUGCAAGUCUGCACUGUGACAAGACCAACAACUGUAAUGUAAAACUGAACUCUCGUUCUCUGGCAGUCUUGCUCCAGUAAAGAAGGCCAUGUUUGAACCUUCAGUGUUUAUGUUCUGCAUGGAGGUGAUCAUGUUUGGCCCUUUCACUUUUUUAAUUUUGACGACCGUGCAGAAACCCUUUAGCAUUUAUUCAAGUUACUCAAGUUAUUUUCAUAGUGAGAGAACAAAUUGACUUUUGCUUUUCAAUUAUUUUAACUUGUAUUAAAUGUAUUACUUUAAUCUUUUUGAGCUUUUCAGAUGUAACCAGUCAUGUUAUAGCUAAAAAUUUUUACUUUAAAUCACCCCCUUUCCCUAACCUCAAAAAAUUAUUCGAAGUUUGCCCUUGACAAGAGACUCAGGAAUGUGUGUUUGUUUUUAAGUCCGGUGUCACCGAGCGAACGGUCCCCCCCUAAAAAUUGGUCCACCCUGUCUUCACUGCGCAUGCGUCAUCAGUCGCGGUUCACGGAUUAUCACC